UCAUUCUUGUUAUACACCAAGUAGUCACAAAACUUUAAGUUUUAAAGGUAGAAAUAUUGUGUUAACUACGAAAUAUAAAUUAUAUAAAGCAAGCAAUGGAAUUGUCUGGUAUUGUUCAAUCUCUUGAGAACAAGAUCAUCCUUAUCACUGGUUCUACCGGGUUCCUAUCCAAAUUGUUUGUGGAGAAGGUACUUAGGGUUCAGCCUAAUGUGAAGCAUUUCUAUCUUCUUUUAAGAGCUGCUGAUGCAUCAUCCCCUACUCAGCGUCUGAAUAAGGAUGUGACAGGGAAGGAAUUAUUUAGAGUAUUAAGGAAAAAACAUGGUCUUGCGUUCGGUUCCUUUAUAUCCGAAAAGGUGACACCUAUUUUUGGGGAUGUCAGUUUAGAAAACUUGGGAAUAAAAGAUUCCGACUUGGAAAAGAAAAUGCAUAAAGAAAUCCACCUUGUUGCCAAUUUUGCUGCGACUACAAAUUUUAAUGAUAGAUACGAUGUGUCCCUGGCUGUGAACACAAUGGGAGCUAAGCACGUUUUAAAUUUCGCGGAAAAGUGUGAGAACCUAGAGUUGUUUCUCCAUGUAUCUACAGCUUUUGUAUGUACUGGAGAGACGUCAGGAGUUAUAUUAGAGAAACCUCUAAGUCAAACAUUGAAAGAAUCUUCAAAAAAUUUGGACAUAAUUGAAGAAGAGAAGAAGUUAAUCCAACACAGAUUGGAUGAACUCAAAGCUGCACAAGCCUCAGAGAAACAAGAAACUGCUGCGAUGAAAGAUCUUGGACUUGAAAGAGCUAAAUUCUAUGGAUGGGCAAACACAUAUGCAUUUACAAAGGCAUUGGGGGAAAUUACAAUUGGUCGACACUUGAACAGAAACUUUCCCGUUGUCAUCAUAAGGCCUACGGCUGUAACCAGUACUUGCAGAGAUCCGUUUCCUGGAUGGGUAGAAGGAUUCAAAGCACUUGACCCCAUGGUGAUCAGUGUUGGAAAAGGGAAGUUACCUUGUUUUCUUGGGGACUACGAGUCAUUCUUUGACAUUAUUCCAGGAGAUAUGGUGGUAAAUUCUAUAAUAAUGGCAAUGGUUAAUCACGGGAAAACAAAUAAUCUUACUUUCUCUCGAGGUGACAACAAUAUUAUCUACCACAUCGGUAGUUCUACACACACAGAGCCAACGAGGAUCGUUAAGCUGUUAGAAUAUGCUUAUGAUUAUUUUCUUGAGAAUCCAGUAUGGACGGGUAGAGAUACUGAUCAAACUGUUAGGCCAGUUUUCUUCCCUACCAUGUCUAGCUUCCAACUGCACAUCGACAACAAUUAUACGGUACCUGUGAAGGAGCAAAAAGUUCAAUUUGCAAAGCGGUUGGCCGAACUUUAUGAACCUUAUGUACUCUUUAAAGGAACUUUUGAUACUUCGGCCUCAAAUGAAUUGAGAAUGUGGAGCAAAGCAUACUACGGACCUGGAGAGGCAAAUAUAUUUGAUUUCGACCCGAAACACAUUGAUUGGAAAGAUUAUAUGAUGAAUGUUCAUAUUCCUGGUCUCAUAAAAUAUGUUGUUAAACCACAUUUAGGAAAUAUUAGCAAAUUAUAAGUUCACUCGGAAUCAAAUUAUGAUGUUAUCCUCAGGUACUUAAAUAUGAAGAAUAACUAAUAAUUUGUAGGUUGAUUUUACUAUACGAGGAUUUCUAGUUAUAAAAAUGUAUCUGCUAGAGAAUUUCUGGUUAUCCAAUUGUAUUUGUAAUUCCUUUAAUAUUUAAUCACUAGGGUUUAACGCGGGUCGUUUAUGAGCUUGUAUCCCAAACUAUGUAAUGGGUAUUGUUAUUUUGUACAUCCAUGCAUAGAAUAAACCCAAUAAUUGCAU